AUGGAAGAAGGUCAACCAAAAGUUACCCGUCCUGCCAGUGGCAUUCCACGACUGGUUUCUCGGCUACCGUUACCCACUACCACCGCAUCGAAGUCUAUUAGCCCCUCUCCUUCCCGAGAUCGAUUGCAGGCCGAUCCUGGCCUGGACGAAAGACGACUGAGAAGACCUUCCUACGAGUCGUUGCUCAAAAAGCCAACUACACGCUACUCGCCAUCGAAGCAUCGAGUAGAGACUCUACUACCUAAUCGAGAGGAGUUUUCAAGCGAAGAUGGAACAUCUAUACCAGACGAAGUGGGCUCGGUGGUCGGAGAGGAAGAAAGCAUAACGGGAGAGCCCCGCGGCCGUACACGCCCCUCACUUUCAUCGCUAUCGGAGCGGACGGUCGAGACUUUAGCGCAUAUUCCACCAUCGCCGGCGACCGCCAAAAGACAGACUAGUUUUUUCAAUGGUUCUAGUCCAAUCCGUUCCCCCUCUCGGACGCCAUCCAAUGUGUCGAACUAUUCGCGAUCUCCAUCACGAUUGUCAUCCAACCACGGCAAUGAUGGCGAUUUGUUAUCGCAACCACUUUCCAAACUUCGUCUUCCAUCCAAGUCACGUCCUUCGCUGGCCACAUCAACUGGCUUACCAACGGGCAGUACCGAUAUUAUAGACAGUCCUUCGAAAUUGAAGAGGCCCACCAAAAGACAGAGUAUCCCAGCACUUAGCACUGUCUAUGGAAACAGCGCACCGCCGAAGAAGAGCAUUGCUACCCCGAAAGUCUCGCAUGCUCGCCCUUCUCCGACCGCAUCUUCAAAACCUACUACUCAGUCAGACAUGGGUCCACCAGAGCGUCCUCUUCAGAUCCGAAAGACUAGAAAAUCCCAGGCAGAAUCACCCUCUGCGUUAAGAUCUCCAUCAAUCGCCUCGCGAUAUGUGUCUGCUUCGUCAACCCUGCAAGACGAACCCACUCCAGAGCAGCAGGCCCAAAACGAAUUAAGAAAAGUCUCCAAGUCAUCCAACGCUUUGCGGGAAAGCAUUGCAAAGGCCAAGGCAGCUCGAAAGGCAGCUGCGGCAACGGAGAAGAAACAAGUGACUGUUCCGGAGGCUCAACCGGCUGCUUCAUUCGAUGCUAAAGAUCCCGAGGACCCGUUCAAUCAAUUACCAAAGGGUUCAAGUACCAAUGUCCUCCGGAAGCGCGUGGAAGGUGCGCGUGCCUCGGGGACUUUGAACAUUGCAGCAAUGUCAUUGAGUGAAAUUCCUCAAGAGGUGCUCGCCAUGUACGAAUUUGAUCCUAACAGCACAUCCAACUGGUUUGAGAACGUAGACCUGGUCAAGUUCAUUGCUGCUGACAACGAGCUUUCCGAAAUACCGGAUGCAGUUUUCCCAGACAUUGACUCCGCAGACAUUGAUCCGGAUAGCGACGAGCGAGGUCCACAGUUUGGUGGUAUUGAAUCAUUAGACCUCCACGGCAACUUGCUGCAUUCUCUCCCUGUGGGACUUAAGAGACUGCAUAACCUUCGUUUCCUGAAUAUAUCGAACAAUGCUUUGACCAUGGAUCAGAUUGCUACUAUCAUGGAGUUACCAUCUCUAGUCAAUCUAAAACUUGCAAACAACAAGUUAAAGGGCGUGCUGGUUUCGACUGUGGGUAGUCUCCAGAAUUUAGAGACCUUGGAUCUUCGUGGCAAUGCUUUAACCGAGCUGCCUGAAGAACUAGGCGAGCUCAAGAACCUCAAAACACUGGACGUCGGCGAGAAUCAAUUGUCAUCUUUGCCGUUUGAUGCACUCAGUAGAGUUCCACUCAGCACGCUGAGCGCUCCCAAAAACAAACUGACUGGUACCCUGAUGCCAGCAUCUGUGGAUCGACUCGAUAAUUUGCAGUCGUUGAACAUUGCAAACAACGCCAUUGAGAUUUUUUCUGCCAGCGAUAUUCUGUCUCUGCCCAAUCUCCACAGCCUACUUAUCAGCGUCAAUCGUAUCAAGAGUUUACCCUGCAUGUCCUCAUGGGAGUCACUCAUACUCCUGUCCGCGGAUAGCAACAAACUUGCAGGGCUUCCUGCUGGGUUUGUGGACCUCAAAAAUGUGAAAACCGCGGAUUUCACCGGCAAUGACAUCUCCGUUGUGGAUGAAAAAAUUGGACUCAUGGAGAAACUGUCCACUUUCCGGAUCUCGAACAAUCCACUCCGUGAUCGUAAGCUUCUGAGUAUGGAUACAGAGAACAUCAAGCUGGUCAUGCGCAACAGAUGUGAGCCUGACCCUCAGGAUACGGAUGACGAGGGCUCUGUGGCUACUCAGUUCACGCUUGCGCCAGAAACCCCAGCAUUGGAGAGCGGAUGGAAAAUCAAGCCUCGAGGGGUCCUUGACCGGUCAUACUCUGAUCUAAAGGACCUGGAAACAGACUAUCUAUCAUUGAUCGACGCGCAAGACGUGCGUUGCCUAUAUGUGCAGCAUAACGAAUUACGCCUCUUUCCUGUUCCCGCCCUCAGCAUGCUUGCUCAAGGAUUGAUUGAGCUUGACCUUUCACAUAAUCCGUUGCAUAGCUCUGAGCCUCUGCCAUCCGCAUUGGAGCUCCCUAAACUUCAAUCUCUCAACGUCAGUGCCACCACUUUGACUACACUAGAGUCCCUUCUGGCCAAUCUUCGAGCCCCAUCACUUACCUUCCUUGACGCCUCCAACAACCGCUUGACCGGGACACUCCCACAGGCUCGGCAGAUAUACCCAGAGCUUAAAACAUUCCUUGUUUCUGAUAACAAGUUGACUCAAUUGGAUUUCGAGGCUGUGCAAGGUUUACAAGUCUUGGAUGUUGGUAACAACGAUAUUGACCACCUUCCGCCAAAGAUUGGUUUGCUAGGCGCCGAGCGCUCUUCACAAAACUGGGGUACUGGAUCUGCCCUGAUGCGGUUUGAGGUUGCAGGUAAUCGCUUCCGGGUCCCACGAUGGCAAACCGUCGCGAAAGGGACUGAUGCUGUCCUUGAAUAUUUGCGUCAGCAUAUUCCUGCUCGUGAGUUGCCUGAAUGGGAAAACGACGACGAGACUGUCUCUGAGCUUUGA